CCACAGUUUAUCUACUUGCAUACUGAAGGACAUCUUGGUUGUCUCCAAGUUUUGGUAAUUAUGAAAAAAGCUGUUGUAAACACCCAUGUGCAGAUUUUUGUGUGGACAUAAGUGUUCAACUCCUUUGGGUAAAUAGAGGGCAAACUGGAUCAUAUGGGAAAAGUAUGCUUAGUUUUAUAAGAAACUGACUUCCAACCUGUCUGUGUCAUUUUGCAUCCCCACCAACAAUGAAUGAGAGUUCCUGUUGCUUCACACCCUCACCAGCAUUUGGUGUUAUUGGUGUUCUGGGUUUUGGCCACUCCAAUAGGAUCUUGGAGUGAAAAUAUACUGCAGUAUUUUCUGAGAAGUAACCAGAUAACUACAGAAGACGGUGCCCAGAUCACUUGGUAUCACGCAGCCAACCACAAGGCACAGAUGAAGGAGGCACUGAAAAGUACGGCUCACAUGAUAGAGGCUGAUGUCCUCCUUCCAAGUAAUGGGUCGGACCACGGCCAGCCGAUCAUGGCCCAUCCUCCUGAAUCAAGCAGUGAUAAUACUCUACAUGAAUGGCUGACUGAAGUUGUGAAAAGCAAUAAAGGCAUCAAGCUGGAUUUCAAGAGUCUGGCAGCUGUAGAACCAUCCAUGAUACUCUUGGAAAAUGUGAAGAGGCAUCUGAAGCGUCCUGUGUGGAUUAAUGCUGAUAUUCUUCCUGGUCCAAAUGGGAAUAGCAGAGUAGUAAAUGCAAAACCUUUUAUAGAGACUGUGACAUCCUUCUUUCCAGAUGUGACAUUUUCCCUGGGCUGGACAACAGGAUGGCAUCCUGAGAAAGUCAAUGAAGGCUACAGUUGGACAAUGGUGAGGGAGAUGGAGUGCAUCUGUAAGGAACUCAGUCAGCCCGUGACAUUUCCUGUCAGAGCAGCGUUGGUCAGGCAGUCUCGUUCUCAGUUACUCUGGCUGUUACAGAAAUCGCACAGGUACAGCCUGACUAUUUGGACUGGAAAAAAUGAUAACUAUUCCAUUGAAGAUUUACUUUGUAUUAGAGACCAUUUUGACAAAAAACAAGUUUUCUAUGAUAUCUUGGAACCACAAAAUAAUGAAUUUAAACAAGCCAUUGGAAUCAGUGUCUAAGAAGAAGUUUCUUCUAAAUGAUUCAUGUUUUGGUUUCAUAAUCCUUCUCUGCUUUGGUCUGAAUUAUUUACCAAUAAAUUAUGAUGAUUGA